GUAUGUUGUUAUUACUUAUUAGUUAUAUUACCUAUAGGCUAUAUAAUAUAAUUAUUUUUUUAUUUAUUUUCUUUAAUAUCAGUAAAGAUUACUAGGCCUCACUGAGUUUAAAUAUAUAUAGUCAAUACGCAUAGUGUAUAUUGUAUAUAUAUACCUAUCAUGGACGUGCUCAACGGGAGGGUUAAGGGGGUUAAACCCCCCAUCCCCGUGGAUACUUUACAAGUGUAAUAUGUGUAUACCAGCGGUUCCCAAACUGUGCACCGCGGUGCCCUAGGGGCACCGCGAGCACUUUCUGGGGGCGCCGCGGUCUACGUUUCAUAAGUUUAAAAUGUAUAUAAAAACCAUAUGCCCAAUUACUGGGUUUGAUAUUUAUCAGUAUAAUAUUAUUACUAGAUAUGAUUUUAUGGGUAAUAAAUUAUUACAAAUAAUUGUUGAUUGUUGACUGAUUGUACCUUUAUUAUAUUCUAAUCAUGUCAGACGAUGUAUUCAAUUAACUAUUACUUAUUAGUCUGUUAUUUCAAACUGACAACGAAAAUGCACUGAGAGCUUCCUACAUGGUGAACUACCGAAUUGCUCAAAAAGGUGAAGCUCAUACUAUUGCUGAAACGCUUAUAAAACCAUGUCUUAUUGAUAUAGCAACUUGUAUGCUUGACGAAAAAUUUGGCAAGGCUCUUACGCCGUUAAUGGAAUUACGAACUGAAGUUCUUUCAUUUUUAAUGGACCACAACGUUACAUUGGGUAAAAUCAUGAAUGAUGUAACACGGCUCUGUCAAUUUUCAUACUUGGCUGAUAUUUUUAGCAAAAUGAACGAGCUCAGCCUUUCCUUACAAGGAAGGACUAUGACAAUUUUUGAUGCCAGCCACAAAGUAAGUGCAUUCAAAAGGAAAAUUGAUUAUUGGGCACAGUGUACUACUAAAGGCAAAUUUGAAUGUUUUCCAAUAAUGCAAGCCUUUUUGGAAGAAAAUGAUGAGCAGGCUUCUACUAAUAUUGUCAACGAGAUUAUUGAGCACCUCAAACAGCUAAAAAAUUCUUUUGAGCAAUAUUUUCCUGCAGAUCGGGAAGUAUUGUUGAAAGACCAUGAAUGGGUACUGAAUCCAUUCUCAGUUUGUAUGAAACCUUCAAGCUUAUCUUCAAGUGAUUACGAAAGGUUGAUCGAUUUAACUUCUGACUUAAUAUUAAAAUCUUCCUUCAACAGCAAUGCGUAUGCCGAAUUUUGGUUAAGUUUGAAAGACAAAAGUUAUGAAGGUUUAAGCGAGAAAGCGAAAACACUAUUUUUACCCUUUGCCACUACUUACUUAUGCGAGUCAGGAUUUUCGUCAUACGCUGCAACUAAAACCAAAUACCGCAAUCGCCUCAAUGUUGAACCUGACCUCCGACUCCAAUUAUCAAAAAUAAAACCUGACAUUGCAAAACUGUGCCAAAAUAAGCAACCACAUACAUCACAUUAAUUAAAAUUAAAUUGUAAAUAUUUUUCAUUUGUUAU